CUCAAACAUUAAGUGCUUGUUUGUAAUCUCCUCUGUUUAUCUCCAGCUCCUUUUCUAAAAUCCUCCCCAGCGACAGGAAACCAGGAAUCAUGCACGGUCUGAGUCUGUUUGAUGUUUUGUGGGGCAACAGCUACUUGCUGGCGGAGGAGAUUCGCCACUUGUCCUCCUUCCUCAAGGAGCUCCGUUCUGGUCAGCUGACUCAACGCUGCUUCAACAACUUCAUGCAGCAGGAGGCGCUCUAUCUGCACAGAGUCAGCAGCACACUGGAGACCCUGAUGUGUAGUUUACAGGAAGCAGAUGAGAACACAAGAUCACUGCUGCAGGACACACUUCAACACUACAGAAGCAGAAACCAGAGCCCCCUCACUUCGCCUCCCCCACAGUGGCUCCACUUCGCCCUGCAGUCUUUCCACUCUGUGGUUUUGGAGGAGCCGAUCUAUUGGCUGGUGGCUCUGUCGGCCCGGGCCUGCCUCCGGGACUUCCUGGCUGAGCUCAAGCCUGGUUCUCCGAUGGUGUCUGGGUCUGAGGAUAAGGCCUGCAGCAUCUACUAUCAGUGGAGUGUAGAGAGUCUGAAGGAGGUCGCCUGGAUUCGCAGGUACAGAAAGGUGUUAGAGGAAUACCAGGACCAGAUAGACGUGUUUAAAGCCAUAAACAUCUUCCACGACCACAUGGUGAACCAGAAGAAUUUCUACAAGGCUGCAGACUGUGAUAUAGAGGAUGAAAAAUUAUGAAGAGGAGCAGGGUGUGUCCCCUGGUGAAGGCUAUUACAAAUUUUUUUGUGAUCAGGUUGGACUGUCACUCGUUAGCGGCUCAACAGUUUUUGGAGCAGACCUAUGGGCUUUUGCAGUAGAAUUUGAAUAGUAAUUUAUAAUUCAGAUCUGAAUUUGAAUCGCUCAACUUGAAUAACUGCAUUCAAAAAAACUGAAUCUGAAUAGAAUCUAAUGAAAUUGAAUUCAGUUGCAAAUAAAACAAGUAAAUUUUGCUGAUAAU